UUUAACAAAUGCAAGAGUAAGGAAGGUAACAUUUAGAGUAGUAAAAUGAACCAAGUUUAAAAUGAGUUACUACCUUUCUUUCAAUGCACUUGAACUGUUCUUUAUUUUUAAAGCAACAGAAAGCAUUUGAGUGUUUUUUGUUUUGUUUUGUUUUUUUCCCUUCUUGAACGGGAAAAUAAGAGACCAUUUGGUUGGACUCCCCUAGGGCAGGGAGUGAAAGCCCCGGGGGCUGAAAGGGACUGUAGUGAGGUGCUUGCAUAGAGCAUGGCUAGGGAAAGAGCCGGGGUUCUCCAGGGCUCGGCUGCGUGCAGGCGCCUUCUAAAGAUCUGUGCCCGGGGCUGCAGCUGCGGACAUUAAAGGCGCUGUCUGGCUAAUGAAGGCCACCUGGAUCAGACUUCUGAAAAGAGCCAAAGGAGGAAGGCUGAAGAAUUCUGAUAUCUGUGGUUCGGCAGACUCCUACACCAGUCGUCCAUCUGAUUCUGAUGUAUCUUUGGAGGAAGACCGGGAGGCAGUGCGGAGAGAGGCAGAGCGACAAGCCCAGGCACAGUUGGAAAAAGCCAAGACAAAGCCUGUUGCAUUUGCAGUUCGAACAAAUGUCAGCUACAGUGCUGCCCACGAAGAUGAUGUACCAGUGCCAGGCAUGGCCAUCUCAUUUGAAGCAAAAGAUUUUCUGCAUGUUAAGGAAAAAUUUAACAAUGACUGGUGGAUAGGGCGAUUGGUUAAAGAAGGCUGUGAAAUCGGAUUCAUUCCAAGCCCAGUCAAACUAGAAAACAUGAGGCUACAGCAUGAACAGAGAGCCAAGCAAGGGAAAUUCUAUUCCAGUAAAUCAGGAGGAAACUCAUUAUCCAGCUUGGGUGACAUAGUACCUAGUUCCAGAAAAUCUACACCUCCAUCAUCUGCUAUAGACAUAGAUGCUACUGGCUUAGAUGCAGAAGACAAUGACAUUCCAGCAAACCACCGCUCCCCUAAACCCAGUGCAAACAGUGUAACGUCACCCCACUCCAAAGAGAAAAGAAUGCCCUUCUUUAAGAAGACAGAGCACACUCCUCCCUAUGAUGUGGUGCCUUCUAUGAGACCUGUGGUUCUAGUGGGCCCUUCCUUGAAGGGCUAUGAGGUCACGGAUAUGAUGCAAAAAGCACUGUUUGAUUUUUUAAAACACAGAUUUGAAGGGCGGAUAUCCAUCACAAGGGUUACUGCUGAUAUCUCGCUUGCCAAACGCUCAGUAUUAAACAAUCCAAGUAAGCACGCAAUAAUAGAAAGAUCCAACACCAGGUCAAGCUUAGCGGAAGUUCAGAGUGAAAUUGAAAGGAUUUUUGAACUUGCAAGAACAUUGCAAUUGGUAGUCCUUGAUGCGGACACUAUUAAUCAUCCAGCUCAACUUAGUAAAACCUCUUUGGCCCCUAUUAUAGUAUAUGUGAAGAUUUCUUCUCCUAAGGUUUUACAAAGGUUAAUAAAAUCUCGAGGGAAAUCUCAAGCUAAACACCUCAAUGUCCAGAUGGUGGCAGCUGAUAAACUGGCUCAGUGUCCUCCCGAGUUGUUUGAUGUGAUCUUGGAUGAGAACCAGCUCGAGGAUGCCUGUGAGCACCUUGCCGACUAUCUGGAGGCCUACUGGAAGGCCACGCAUCCUCCUAGCAGCAACCUCUCCAACCCUCUCCUUAGCCGUACUUUAGCCACUUCAACUCUGCCUAUUAGCCCCACCCUAGCCUCUAAUUCACAGGGUUCUCAAGGUGAUCAGAGAACUGAGCGGACUGCUGCUCAUGCCCAUUCUGCUUCACAAGCCGAAGAAGAACCCUGUCUGGAACCAGUGAAAAAGUCCCAGCAUCGUUCUUCUUCCUCAGCCCAACACCACAACCAUCGCAGCGGUGGAAGUCGAGGCUUCUCCAGGCAAGAGACAUUUGACUCAGAAACCCAGGAGAGUCGAGACUCUGCCUAUGUGGAGCCUAAAGAAGAUUAUUCCCAUGAACACACAGACCACUAUGCCCCACACCGUGACCAUAACCACAGAGAGGAGCCUCACGGCAGCAGUGAUCACAGACACAGGGAAUUUCGGCAUCGUUCUAGGGACGUGGAUCGAGAGCAGGACCACAAUGAGUGCAACAAACAAAGAAGUCGUCAUAAAUCAAAGGAUCGGUAUUGUGACAAGGAUGGAGAAGUAAUAUCCAAAAAACGGAAUGAGGCUGGGGAGUGGAACAAGGAUGUGUACAUCCGCCAAUGACUUUUGCCCUUUUUUGUUUUUUUUGGUUGGGGGUGGGGGGGGAAGUCUUGUAUAACAGCAUCCCCAAACAAAAUCUUUUGGGGGUCUA